GGAAGUUACUAGAGAAUGUCAUUUGUCAGCUGAAGCAAAAAUGAAAGUAACGUGAAACUUAACCAAUACCACAAUUUACUUCAAAUAAUGUUAUUAUUACCUCUCAUAUAGCAAAUAUAAUGAACUUGUAAUUUAUUUUUCCUUAUUUGAAGUAGUUUUUGCCGCAAUGGACUCUGAUGAGUUGCGCAAUAUUGAGUUCAUUGAUUUAAAUGGAGUCGAUGAAAAAGAACAGCUUCAUAUAAGAAAUUCCUUGCAGCAGUAUGAUCCCAGUGUACAACUACCAUGGGUGAAAGAGAAAAAGUUGUUUGCAGAAGGAAAGUACCAGCAAAAGAAUAAGGAACCUGAAUUAAGCAACAUCCAACAACCAGUAGUACCAAGUUCUGCACAUCAUGAGCAUCACAAUCCAUACAUCCAACAUCCUAUAAUCCCUCAAUCAGUAUACUGCAAUCAUCUGCAACCUUCAGUUGUAGUUCAGCCAAUAAUUACUAUUCCUCAUCCGCCUAAUAUAGUAUAUUAUGCCACCAAUGCCAUGUCACCAGUGUCUCCUCCUUAUCCACAAGUUUUUAUAUCCCAUAGAACCUACUCUCCUCCAACCACAUAUGCACUUCCAGUCCAUGUUCCAGAGGGAGCUAUUAAUGAGAUGGUACCAAAACAGAAUGGGGUUACUGAAGACAAAGAAAUACAUGAAAAUGGUGCCACAGGCAAAGCACCUGAAAUGACACCCAAGGCACCUGUGGUAGUUAAUGGCACUGACAACAUAGAAACUCCUAGUCCAGCACCUGCCAACAAAUCGUGGGCUAGUUUGUUUAGUUCAAGUAAACCGAAUACCUCUCCCAAUACUGCAAAGGAAACUAAAGAGAAGAAUAAUUCUGAACAGGCUGUGAACAAGGAAUCCAACAACAAUACCCAAUUGUGUCCCAUUAAACAUCCUAGAAAGUCACAUCAAUUUGUCGAUCCAGAUUGUUAUAGGAUGGGAGAGUAUUUACUUUCAUACGUCAUCGAUGGCAAAGCACUCAGUUUGCAACCAAGAGGUUUGUUAAAUCAGAGCAACUAUUGCUACAUCAAUUCAAUACUACAAGCUCUGAUUGCAUGCCCGCCUUUGUACAAUUUGCUCAUAGGACUUGCACAAAACAUCUCGUCCAAUGAGAAGAGGAAGCCCACGCCAGUCAUCGACGGAAUGUGUCGUUUCGUCAAAGAAUUCAAACAUUUACCUCCAAACGUGAGAGUCAAGGACAACAAAAAGGCUGAUAAGAACGCGAAAAAGGACCUGAACGUCAUGAUAAACACUGAUAUACCAUUCGAGCCCACUUGGAUAUACAAAAUGUUGAAUGGGAUUCGAACUGAUCUCAUCGAAGGCAGACAAGAGGAUGCUGAAGAGUUCCUAGGAUUCUUGUUGAACGGUUUAAAUGAUGAAAUGCUAGAGUUGAUUAAACUCGUGAAAAGUGACUUUGAUGAACCGCUAGAAGCUCCAACACAAGUUGAAGAUGAUGCCGACAAAGAAUGGAAGGUGAUGGGACCAAAGAAUAAAGGCAGCAUAACACGAAGAACUGACUUUGACAGAACCCCCAUCAGUGACAUUUUCGGGGGAUUAUUGAAGUCUAGAAUUCAAAGAACCGGCGACCUUAGUACUGAGAAUAUUCAACCGUUCCUGACAUUACAGUUGAACAUAGAGAAAGUGAAAACGGUGAGGGAAGCUCUGGAGAUGCUCGUCAAUAGACACCAGCUGGAAGGACUGACUUCAUCCAAAACCAACGAGGAAGUAGAGGCCUGGCAGCAGGUUUUACUAGACGAGCUACCAGUCAUUUUGAUUUUGCACUUGAAAUGUUUCGACUAUAAGCAAGACGGCUGCACAAAGAUCGUUAAGGCUUUGGAAUUCCCCGUCGAUUUGAAAAUAGAUCAGAAAUUACUGUCUUCAAAGACACAAACCCAGAAAGAAAAGCACUACAAACUGUUCGCUGUGGUUUAUCACGACGGUAAAGAAGCCAGCAAGGGGCACUACGUGACAGAUGCCUUCCAUGUUGGCUACAGCUCUUGGUUGCGGUAUGAUGACGCCUCAGUGAAGACGGUCCAAGAGGAGCAAGUAUUGAAGCCGCAAGGAACUAGAGUUCCGUAUUUAUUGUUCUAUCGACGUAGUGAUACCAUUAGAGGGAAAUAGUGUGCCAGGUUGUUGAGGCCUAUAACGCGAUUUAGGAAUCUUUCGACUCAGAUUAGCAACGGUAUUAAAAGAGCGGUUGGAGUGAGAUGGAACAAAAAUAGAUGAAUUUUUUAUAGUUUUUACAGUUUUUGGCAUUUAUUUCUAUACACAAAACUAUAAUAUCGUAUAUUAACUGAUUUUUUCAGUAGUUUGACAGGACAUUAUGACUGUUUUGCUUUUUCUUGUCCAUUAUGAUACAUAAGGAUAACUUUGGGGGUAAUUAAGGAAAACUAAUAAACAAAAAAACUAUGUUAACAGGAGCAGCCUAUACCCUCCUCAAUUUGUUCUAGAUUAUAUUUACAGAUGGUUUUUAUAAAUCCAACUCUUGGAAGCAUCUUGAUUUUUCCAUUUGACUGCAAAAUUAUCUUUAACAUUAGAUUUUAAAUUUGUUGUUAAAGCUAGUUCUUUCUACCUCUCUCUGGCUAAUUGCGGCAGUGCGUUAGAAGGAAGUAAAGACUUCCUUCAAACAGCAAUGCAAAGUUUGUCGAUUUCACGGCAGG